AAUUAGAAUAUUAAGCCAUAAAUAAAUGCUAAAUACAAUAAAUAAAUAAAAAUAGAAAAGAAAAAAGAAAAAAAUUCCGACAUACAUGGGGCCCCACCUGUAAUUUAAAGUUUGAAGCCCCUCUUUUAUCUCUUUCAACGUUGGCUUAAGAGGUUCAGAUCUGAUCCGAGGAACACCCAAACAAACAAGGAAUAUUUGAAUUCCUUUACAAGUUACUUGCGUAGAAGUUCAAGCUAGAGAUCAUGGGUCGUGGAGUUAGCAGCGGUGGGGGACAGAGCUCUUUGGGUUACCUGUUUGGGAGUGGAGAAGGUCCGAAACCCAUCACCACAAACGGCACUAGCACUGGCACCAGCAGUGAAGUUCCUCAGAAACAGAAUGAGGUUGCUAAGGAAACACCACAAAAGCCCACUACCGCAUCACCACCUGCAGGUGUUGAUAAGGAGAUUCCUGCAGGCGUUCCAGGGAACAAUGCAAACAACUAUUUCCGUGCUGAUGGCCAGAAUUGUGGAAACUUUCUUACGGAUCGGCCUACAACAAAGGUUCAUGCAGCACCGGGCGGCAACUCAUCCCUGGAUUACCUCUUUGGUGGCAACGGGAAGUGAGGCUUUCAGUUGUAGUGCAAUGUAAUACCGCUGGGCAGGUUCACUGGAGUCAUUAUGUUUGGUUCUCUCCCCCAUUAAUCAUCUUCCUAAACUAAUCAGCUGCGUACUGUCAGUUUGACCAGAAUUUAUCUAAUCCUUCCAUUACAUGUUUUAUUUAUAUAAUGUAACUAGUUUAUGUUGUAGUAAUUGUUUGUUACUUUGCUUCCUCUGGUACCAUGGAGAUUAUCUAAUACUUAAAUUUUAAUGAGAAAUUAAAACUUGGGCAUGCUAUCUUAAGCUCAAGUUUGGGGCUUUUGAUGGAUACAGGAGGACAUGAAAGUGAUGAAAAGAUCUGGAGGAAUAUGGUGGUUAUCUCCUUUUA